GAAGGUCGUCUGUAAACAAGAGCGCACCAACAUCCUCAUCCCAUACCUCUUUCGGAGACUAAAUUCUUCGAUAUUUUACGCCACAGACAGGGCCAGAGGUCAGAGGUCAGAGCAUGGAGAGGAGAAGGUCCAAGAGGUUCCUUUCUGUGACCUUCGUGGACGAAAAUGAAGUAGAAAAGGUCAAGAUUGGAGUGGAAGGUGGAAAAGUUGUGGUACGACCCCUGUCUCAGCGUGGCAGAACACGGAGCUCCAGGAUUGCCUCGGCCCCUAAUGUGGAGCUGCCGCCACUCGAGGAAAUAAAUGAGGAAGACGAGGAUGUUUUCUUCAAGCCAACUGAAUUGCUCGAGGAUGGGGAGGCCUCAGUCAAGGCAAGCGACGUCUUUGGAUUCCGCACACCCAGGAAGAAAGGCAGCAUGUUGGAGAAGGCUGAAUCAGCAAAGAAACUCCUUCAGACCCCAACCACACCAAAGACUCCAAAGUCGGCAUUAAAGCAGGGUUCAAAGACACCCAGAACACCGAAGACUCCUUUGUCAGCCAGCAAACGUGGCUCUAGGACACCCUCAAGCAAGAGGAGGCUUUCAGUCAGUCUGCAAGAGCCGAACACACCCUACAGCUUCAGGAAGAGAGUUUCACAACGUAUCAAGAAAAUAGUAUGUGAGGAGGACUCCUCUUCAUCUGAGGAGGAAAAUGACUGUGACAGCAACUAUUACUCCAGUGAAGAGUCAGAAGAUGAGGGCAAGGAGAACUUUGACCUCAAUGAGAAUAUGGUCCAAUCACAAACCAAAACGCCCAGGAAAACACCCUUGAAACAAAAUCAAGCACUGUCCAGAACUCCCGGGAGAACCCCAUCAAAGACCCCAUCAAGGGGGAGGAGAGCAGGGAAAAUUAAGGAUGUUGAACUGACAGCUACAGCAGAUGAAUAUUUCAUGUCACACGGAGAAACAGCAAAAGUAGUGACCUCAGACCACACACUCAGCCGACUAGAGACCCCACGCCUAUCACCUGAGGCUCUCCAAGCACUCCUGAUGGGCGUCUCUUCUUCACACCACCAGGAACGUCAGGCUCUCCUUGAAGAGCAUCUGCAGAUGUUUCCACGUUGGAUGACGUACUUGUGUGAAGGUUUCAGUAUAUUCCUGUAUGGCUUAGGAAGCAAGAAGAUGCUUAUUUCUCAAUUCCAGCAGCAGUACUUAAUGGACUUCGAUCAUAUUGUUGUGAAUGGUUUCUUCCCAUCCCUUACUCUUAAAAAUAUACUCAAUAACAUAACAGAGGACAUCAUGGAACACACAGGCAGCUUCCACAGUGCUCAGGAGCAGAUUGGAUUCAUCCAGAACUACUAUGCUAAGGCAGAUGCAGACCCCCUUUUCAUAAUCAUCCAUAACCUUGAUGGGCCAAUGUUGCGUGGUGAGAAGACCCAGGCUGCGAUGUCUCAGUUAGCGACUGCACCAAAAAUCCACCUCCUGGCCUCUAUCGAUCACAUUAAUGCACCUCUUGUUUUUGAUGGGAGCAAAAUGAGUUGUUACAAUGCCCUCUGGUGUGAUGGAACAACACUUGGACCCUAUUCAGAAGAGACCUCGUAUGAAAAUUCUCUCCUUGUGCAACAGUCUGGAGCCCUUGCUUUGUCUUCGCUAAUUCACGUAUUCAAGUCAUUAACUCCAAAUGCCAAAGGUAUUUUCCUGCUCCUGGCUAGACAUCAGCUUCAGCAAAAAGAUAAUUCCAAUUAUGGAGGAUUGUCCUUCAAUGAUAUGUACCAGCGAUGUAGGGAAGCUUUCUUGGUUAACUCUGAUCUCACCCUCCGUGCUCAGCUAACAGAAUUCAGAGACCACAAACUCAUUAAGUCUAAGAAAGGUUUAGAUGGUGUGGAAAACCUUCUGAUUCCUUUAGAUCCUGCAACUCUGCAAGAAUUUGUUAAUCAGCAAGAAGCUGAUGGUCUGUGAUGAAACAAGUACAAAUUAAUUGUGAUAAAUGUUUUUAGUCUUAAGAUAUUUUCUUCCAGAUUAAAUGUCUCAAAACAUGUUAUCGUCUAAGUAUUAUUUUAAUGUUACUCAAACCUGUUGUUUUCUUUGGUGUUCAUUGAAAGACUAGUUUUGAUUGUUUCCCAGUCAGGUUUUUGUGAUUGUUAUUUAACUUAUUUUUUUCUUACUCUUUUUAAGUUCAGUAUGUCAGUCAUUUAAUGUGUAUCAUUUUUAUACUGUCUGAGAGAUCUAAAUAUUAGUUGUUAUUUUCUUUAGCUGAUAUCUCAUAGCUUUCCUUUAUUUUUAUUGAAAAAUUGUACCAAAAUCUGAAGUGUCCAAAACUUUCAAUAUUUAUAUUUUUAAAACAAAAUACUGUUGAAAUGUGAUUUUUUUCAGCUCUCUUGUCUAUUAUGUAAACUUUUUUCUCAUAUUUUUAUGAUACAGGGCACAACUAGAAUGUUCAGAAGCAAUAUUUUGUUAUUUUUCAUAUUGUGAUGAAAUAUUUUUAGGUGAAUUAAGCUUUAUUUUUAUCAGAAUAAAAUUU